AGAAAAUGCGCAUGCGCGCUGCAGGGCUGUAUUUUUGAAGGAAGCGGUGUAUCUGUGGUCGCUGGACGAGUUUCCUUCGUGAAGCAGCGAAAUUCUGCAGCUGUUUUUAUAUUGUCUGGAUGGAUUAUUGAUGAGAACGAACAACUGGCGGCACAAGCUAAACGUCUGCGAUAUAAUCCCUUUCGCAACUACAGGUGCUCGGGACUGUGUUGAGUCAACAUUUCCCAAUGCGAAGGAAGAGUGACCUCCUGUCGCAUAGCAGCUUUCGCUGCUGUUUCUGCUGUCAUGUCCGUACGGGAACAGUUAUUCUCGGCAUCUGGCACUUGAUAUUGCAUGUUCUUGCACUGGCCAUACUGGUCAGCAUGCUCUUGCGGCCAGAGCUGUUCCACAAGCUUUACGGAAACAAUGCCAGUGGUGGGACCAGCGUUGCUACGAAAACGUCGGAUGACUUUUCCAGCAGCAUUUCCGUCCGGUUCCAUCCAGGAGUUUAUAACCAUGAGUUACCAGACAUUAGCCCGGGGGCCAGCUUGAGCAAUAUUCGAGACCAGGACGUUCAUGUGGCUCUCGCAAUUACCUUCUGCACUGGCAUCAUCACACUUCUACUCUUAUAUGGGGCUAUUUGGGGUCAUGCCAACUACCUGAUGCCGUUCUUCUGCUUGCAAGUGUUUGACUUCAUCCUGUCCACACUAACGGUUGUGGGCUAUUUCUCCUACCUACCCGACGUACGACGGCUGGUGGAAAACUCGCGUGAUCUGCCUCUGCAGAGGGAGCUCCUGCGGCUCGACCCCCAGUGGCUUUGCACAGUGGUCAUGCUUGGUUUCCUCACUUGCAUGCUGCUCAAGGCCUAUGUGAUGGGCAUGGUGUGGUCCUGCUACAGAUACCUCAAGAUCCGCCAGGAGGAUGCUGUGAUGGAUCUAGAAUCUGACUCUGAGGAACUGCCUUUUACACAGGCUCUGCUUCCACCAGACUAUGAGACAGCAACAAAGAUGCCAGCCUACCUCCCAGUGUAUGCUCCCCCACCUUAUGCCCCCACUGCUCACCCCAUCUGAACCUGCUCCAAGGCCUGGCCUCCACAGUCACUACGCUUACAGCAGUAGGGUGCACAAAGAGUCUGCACACAUACUCCGUCAAUCACGUCCAAGGAGCAAGUUGACCAAUCUCUGUCACAUCCGCUCUCGAUUUCCCUUCGCAUUAUUAGAUUUUUUUUCUGCUCAGUCGACCGUUGUCUUUAUGUGUCUAUGCUGCCGUAGUAGCAAUUUUUGGUACAACCACUUUCAUGCCAUGCUUUGGAAGCAAACAGAGCUAUGUCUGUAGCCCAGUGCGGUUGUUACAAAUCGUUAUUUGUACUCUGCUGCUGGUGUGUCCCCAGUGUUUUGUUCAGUUUUUGUUUGUACGGACGCAUUUAAAUGGAUACACACACACAUCUGCUACCUGCUUUCCCUAAAAUAAUCGAAAGCUGACCCUAAGCGUUCCACAGCAAGAUCGUGAAGCUCCUGCUAACAUGUACGCCGUUUUCCUCUUCCGCGCUUUGCGUUGCUUUUUGGCCAGCAUUAUUCAUUCCUCACUUUUCAGGUGCUUUACCAUUUUCUUCUUUUUUUAUUUUAUACGAGGCUAGUGCAUAUGUUUUCUUUGGGACAUUUUUUUAGUCACAUUGCAAGCAGUAUUAGAGCAAACAUCAAAAUCUGCAUGAACGUUGAAUGAAUAGUACUGUAGUUACAGCGAUGCGUUGUUUCAUUAACUAGUGUUAGCUGUUUAAGCAGGCUAUAAUUAGAGCCUUGUGUUUUAGGGUUAAAGUUAAACCCAUUCUUACCCCCAGAUUUGCAUCAUGCUCACCAGGGGUAAGACUUAAAAUAACAAAAACAGAAGAAAAAUAACUGAAAACUAACUCUGCAAAGUGCAAAUUCAGUCACCAGUACAGGGCACUGCAGAACAUUAAGCACAGCUGCUAGGCAUCUUGUGGUGAUCAGAAAUGCGAGGAUUGCCCACUGUCGAGAGAUUUUACAGCUCCAUGAACAAAUCCAGGUUUUUGCCCCUCCGCUGAUUUUCAAAAAAGCAUAAAACCCUGAAAUACGAGGGUCUAGUUACGAUCCAGUCAAGCUGUGUUUCAUGAUGUAGAUUUUGUUUUAUGAAACUAUGUAAAUACAUGAGCUAGUCACUCUGGAUUUGUGGAUCGUUGUGUUAUUACCUGUGAAGCGAUGUGUCAUCUCUCAAAUGAUCAUGUGGGAACUUAAGGCUUGGCUUGCUGGUGGUUACUUGCAAUUCUUACCCGGUGCGUCCGAGCAAAUGCCGAGGGUUGGUGUCUCUAGUAGUGACAGCCUUUGUACAUAGCGUUAGGCACCACUUUGUGGUACGGGAAAGCUCCCUGGAGAUAAAAUUUUGAACAAAGUUCUCUAUUUGAUGUCAUGUGAUUCGUAUGUGCACAUUGUUGUGAUACACAGUACACGUGUAUUGUGAAUAAACGGAAAGCACAUCCCCA